GUGUGUUGUCUGUCUCCUGUCGUCCAUCAGGGUGUCGAUGAUGAUGCUGCAGCUCCCCCUGGUGGUGACGGCUCAGGUGGACGUGGUGCUGGUCCUGGUUUCCCUGUGGUCCCUGUGGUCCAGACUCAGUCACCUGAACUACCCCAGCGCUGUGGUGUUUGAUGAGGUGUAUUAUGGUCAGUUUGUGUCUCUCUACAUGAAGAGAGUUUUCUUCAUCGAUGACAGCGGACCCCCACUCGGUCACAUGAUCCUGGCCCUCGGAGCGUACCUUGGAGGAUUUGAUGGAAACUUUGUGUGGAACAGAAUUGGAGCAGAGUAUCCCAGCAGCGUGAGUGUGUGGAGUCUGCGGUUGCUGCCCGCCCUGUGUGGAGCGCUCUGUGUUCCUCUGGUUUACCUGCUGACGCUGGAGCUGAACUUCUCUCACCUGUCGGCUCUGGGAGCUGCUCUGCUGCUGCUGCUGGAGAACUCGCUAAUUGUCCAAUCACGUUUCAUGUUACUGGAGUCUGUUCUCAUCUUCUUCGUGUUGUUGGCGUUCCUCUCCUACCUGCGUUUCCACAACUCUUCAAGCAGCUCCUGGUCCAGGUUCAGUUGGCUUCUCGUCUCUGGAGCUUCCUGCUCUGCAGCUGUCGGGGUGAAGUACAUGGGUGUGUUCUCGUACUUGCUGCUGCUGGGCGUGGCCUCUCUUCACACCUGGAAGCUGAUUGGAGAGCGAACUGUCAAUCAUCUCAGUGUGUUAGUGCAGUGUGUUUGUAGGUUUGUGUUACUGCUCGUGGUUCCUGUCCUGCUCUACGUGUUUUGGUUCUAUGUUCACCUGAGUCUCCUGAACCGCAGCGGACCCCAUGACCAACUAAUGAGCUCCGCCUUCCAGGCCAGUCUGCAG